AUGCCGAAAAGAACGAUCACCGAGUCGAGGGUAGAGACCCGGAGCUCCCGUCGCCGCAAGACUCAAAAAAACGAAACAGUAUACCCAGACCCCGUAUUAGGCGGUCUGUCCUGGGACUGUGCAAGUAUGGUCUUUGAAUACCUUGAGCUGCCUGACCUGGCUCGCUGCGAGCAGGUGUGCCGGGCUUGGAGGGCGUUUGUGCAGGAGUGGAUGGUUGCGCGGGGGUAUUAUCUGAAUCUACCCGAACGCUGGAGACCCGACUUUGGGAUUUCACAGACAAUGGAAGAGCAGGUGGAAAUGAUGAAGAAGAGUGACUUACUUGUGGGCCAUGAGAAAUACAACAAAAUCACAUCCGGCCGGGUAUCGGGCGCGCGAGCCAUCAGGAACGCGCAAUGCUUCGAGGUCAAUGGAGAUUUUGCAGCGUGGAAAGUUGGAAAAAGGCUCUUUGGACAGCGCCUGGGGUUCCAGGCUGAUGGCUCGCCGUAUCGCACUCGAUCGUGGGACAUUUACCGCCAGUGCAGUAUAUCUGGAGAAACCACCGUGCAUGUCAGCCCGGGGGGCUAUAUUGUUGCUCGAGUGUCCAGCCACAUGGGCUAUUUGGAUCAGGUCGUGUCGAUAUCAACAGGAAAGCGCCAGUGGCGCGGCGGGAGCUCAGCGUGGGAGCGAACCACUCAAUGGCCUGGAAUUCGAGGGAUUUCAGCAACGAGAUUGUACUAUGUUGCGUUGGAAAAAGGGUCGUCGGACAAGGCCUAUCUUCUGGUCCACGACCUGGCCACAGGUGCCCUGCUGCACAGGUCGUAUAUCACGGACUACCGCCGACUUCAGAAGCGCCUUGGGGGCUUCCUUAUUCGUCGCCUCGGGGAUAUGGAAGUGCUGGUCACGUUCUGUGUUUCAGCAACUGAUGAAAUGGCACCGUCGCCAUAUUUCGCAUCCGUUGGUAAUAGGACGGUGGUGGGUUUCCUGGUCAUCAACCCCGAAGACGGAAGCACACUGCAGAUAUUCGAGGCCCCCUUCUGUCAGGACAAGUACCGCUGGGGGGACAGGCACUACGUGGAAUCGCGCAUGAUCCCCUCGCCCGAGGAUGAAGGAGACUUUGCGGUUGUUUGCCAGCAUUUGACGGCGGCUCACUGGGUGUUCAAAGUAGAACGAUUCUCGCCCAAUGCAGACUGGGCCUUCCACAGGAUAGGAACCGAUAUGAUCACGGCGGGCUGGGCCAAUGACAUGGGCGCCCCAGACAUGCUGGAUCCGGAAGUGGACCCAUUCAAUAGCCUGUGUCUGGAUGUAGUGCUGGACUGCAACGUCCCUCGCAUCACCGCGAUGGAGGCGUGUUGCCAGUCGGACCUGGGCAACCAAGAAGACAUCCCCAGGCAUGCGGGCGUCGAGGUGGACAGAUGGUUCCGUAGCGGUAAACAGACGGACAUAGCCUGUGCACCGAAGACCAAGGUAGACACAGGGCGCCGGCCGUUGGUUAUCCGUUCGCCAGAAUACAGACUGCGGUAUGCAGGGGCGAACACACUGGUUGUAGAGCCGACUCGGGAAUCCCUCUAUGGCGAGAACCAUGUGCAUACGCUGCUCGACUUUGCCUUCCGCCGGACUAGACUCUAG